GUGACAGUCCGUGCGAGAACAAGGCAGCUCCUCUAUCUUCUUCCAUCUUUGUCCGAUAUCGCCCUUUUUUCUCCUGCGUUUCCCUCCGUCCCCAGGCAGCCUCAGACCCCGCUGGAGCUGACCCCAGGGAGAGGCUCCUCUUGGGGGGCCAUGGAGCCCCCUGCCCGCGCCUGCUCCUGCGGCUCCCCGGCCUCUGACAGUGAACCGGGGGCGGGCAGCUCUCCCCGGAGCCCCCCCAAACCCGAGCGCAGCCGCAAGCGCCCGGGGGGGCUGGACCGGGCACCCCCCGAAUCGCCACCGUCGCCCCGCGGGGGGAAGCGGCCGCGGAAAGGGGAGGGGGGGGAUGCCCCUCCCAGCGAUGGCGAUCGKCUCUUUGCCCAAAAGUGCCGGGAGCUCCGCGGUUUCAUCCGUCCCCUGGCAGAGCUGCUGGAGGGGCUGCGGCGGGGCCGCUACGACAGAGGGCUGAGCAGCUUCCAGCAGAGCGUGGCCAUGGACCGGCUGCAGCGGAUCAUCGGGGUCCUGCAGAAGCCAGAAAUGGGUGCCCGCUACCUGGGGACGCUGCUGCAGGUGGAGGCCAUGCUGCGCCUCUGGUUCCCCCACGUCGCCCCCAAACCGGCGCUGGACCCGGCCCCGUCCGCGGCUCCCCCGCGCCGCCGCCCCCCCGCCGGUCCCCCGGGAGCGCCCCGGUGCUGUCACCUGCCCGGGGACCUGUCCCUGGCCAGCCCCGCGGUGACAUUACCGCCGGGAGAGACCCCCGAGUCGCCCCCCGCGCCCGAUGUGUGACACCCCCCCCGGCUCGGGGGGGGGACUCGUCUGCAUUCUCGGUUUUGCCUUUUUUGAUUGUUUUUUUACCGGUGGUCAGUGAGACCCGCGGGCGGGCGGGACUGACCGGGGGUU